AUGGCUUCUACAAAGGAUACUGUGGUUUUGGAAGCUUUACCAAGGUCAAGGCAUUUUGGUAAGGGUAAGAAGAAUGAUUCUGACGAUAUAGAGUUGCAGUCGGUUACGUCCAAGGAUGACGAAAAUACAGAGGAGGGUGUUUUUCAUGAAACUGAGGUUAAGCGUGCUUUAAAGGCCAGGCAUAUUUCUAUGAUUGCCUUAGGUGGCACUAUAGGUACGGGUCUUUUCAUAGUUAUCGGUUUACCGUUGAGAAUUGCGGGCCCGGUGGGGUCGUUGUUAGCCUAUAUUUUUAUGGGUACCGUGGUGUACUCUAUCACACAGUCGUUGGGUGAGAUGGCGACAUUUAUUCCGGUUACUUCUUCAGUGACCGUAUUCUCGAAGAGGUUUUUGUCACCUGCUCUUGGAGUUGCUAACGGAUAUAUGUACUGGUUUAACUGGGCUAUUACGUACGCGGUCGAACUUUCCGUGGUCGGACAGAUUAUUCAGUACUGGACUAAGGCCGUGCCUUUGUCUGGGUGGAUUUUAAUUUUCUGGUCGUUAACUACUCUUGUCAACUUCUUCCCGGUGCGGUACUAUGGUGAAAUUGAGUUCUGGGUAGCGUCGGUGAAGGUUCUCGCGAUUGUGGGGUACUUGUUUUAUGCGUUUAUCAUGGUUUGCGGCGGCGGUAAUGAAGGUCCGAUUGGAUUCCGUUAUUGGAGAAAUCCUGGUCCAUGGGGUACCGGAAUGAUCUCAGGUAAUUUACCCGAGGCCAGGUUCCUAGGUUGGGUUUCAGCGCUAAUCAAGGCUGCAUUCACCUAUCAAGGUACCGAGUUAGUCGGUAUUUCCGCCGGUGAAUCUAAGAAUCCUCGUAAGACUGUACCACGGGCUAUUAACAAAGUGUUUUUCAGAAUUCUAUUCUUCUACAUUUUGUCGUUAUUCUUCAUAGGAUUGUUAGUGCCAUAUGACCACCCCAGUUUACCAGACUUGGACGAUGGGGACACUGAUGUGAACUCUUCUCCUUUUGUCAUUUCCAUCGGAAACGCCGGUACCAAGAUAUUACCUGAUAUUUUUAAUGCUGUUAUCGUUCUUACCGUCGUCUCUGCAGCAAAUUCCAAUGUUUAUGUUGGUUCCAGAGUGUUCUAUUCGUUGGCUUUGGCUGGUAAUGCUCCUAAGUUCAUGGCCUCCGUCACUAGACAUGGUGUACCUUACUACGGUGUCUUGCUAACAUCGCUGAUGGGUCUGAUGUCUUUCCUAGUGGUUAACAAUAACGCUAAGGUUGCUUUCAAUUGGUUGGUGAAUAUUUCUACGUUAGCAGGGUUAUGUGCUUGGUUUUUUAUUUCUUUAUCUCACAUCAGAUUCAUGCAAUGUUUAAAACAACGUGGUAUCUCUCGUGAUGACUUGCCGUUCAAGGCUAAAUUUAUGCCUUUUGCUGCAUACUACGCUCUAUUUUUCGUCACAUUUAUUAUUUUUAUCCAAGGUUACACUGCCUUUUCUCCAUCCUUUGAUGUUACCAGUUUCUUCACAUCUUACAUAUCCCUAAUGUUAUUGGCGGUCGUAUUUUCGAUAUCUCAAAUAUACUACAAAUGUAGAUUCCUAUGGAAGCUAGAAGACAUAGACAUAGAUUCUGAUAGGCGAGAGAUCGAUGCUGUUGUAUGGGAAGAAAGUGAGCCUAAGAACAUAUGGGACAAGUUCUGGCUUGCAGUCGCAUAG